CCGGAACUAUAGCAGUAGAGGUUGUUACCCGGGGAACUAGUAUCUGUUGCACCAUUAUUUUCGUGUUGAACUUGACGUUUUGUAACAUGUUGGUGAAGGGUGUACGUGCACAUACCCGCAUUAUUUGAGUCAGGUAAAACAUACCUGCCUUGUGGGGCAUUUCACUUAUAACUGUAGGAUUAUGCUAUUACCAUUCCUUCUCCGUGGGUGCACUGCAAAGCACUAUGUACAGCAAGCGCUUUCUAGCACUCGGCUAUGCGUUAAUUAUUGCAACAUCAGAGGACUAGCCACUUCCAGUGGCCAGCUCUUCCUCAGGAGGACCCCACAACGAUUCCUCAACCAGUCACGAGGAGCUAAAACUCACAAAAGGAAACAUCAGAACCAAGAAGAUGACUGGAAGAAAAGGAACAAGACCGUCCUCACAUAUAUCGCGGCUGCCGGAGUGGGAAUGAUUGGCUUGUCAUAUGCUGCUGUUCCACUUUACAGACUGUACUGUCAAGCAUCAGGGCUGGGAGGCACAGCAGUAGCAGGACAUAACACAGAUCAAGUAGAGACGAUGAAGCCAAUCAGGGACCGUAUUAUUAAAGUGACCUUCAAUGCAGACACACACGCCAGCAUGCAGUGGAAUUUCCGUCCGCAGCAGUCAGAGAUUUACCUCGUACCAGGAGAAACUGCGCUGGCCUUUUAUAAGGCACGGAAUCCCACAGACAAACCAGUGAUAGGCAUUUCUACCUACAAUGUUGUACCUUUUGAGGCUGGACAAUAUUUUAAUAAGAUACAGUGUUUCUGUUUUGAGGAACAGAGGUUAAAUCCACACGAGGAAGUAGACAUGCCUGUUUUCUUCUACAUUGAUCCAGAGUUUGAUGAUGACCCGAGGAUGGCACGAGUUGAUACUAUUACACUCUCAUAUACCUUUUUUGAAGCCAAGGAGGGACAGCGGUUGCCCGUCCCUGGAUAUAGCUAAUUAUUUAUUAUUCAGAGAAUUUUCAUCAGAAUUAUCUUCAGGAGAGUGUGUUCAGUAAUCAUUUUGGUAAUGAUUACUGAAUAUUUUGUCACAUUUCACUUAUAUGUCUGGAUAGAUUGAUUCAAACAAAUAUAAAAACUGAACAGUAAUGAAGACUGAUCAUCUGUCUUUGAAUUUUGUUUAAGAUAAUAAAUUAUAAGUCACUGUUUUUUAUACACCAUAAGAUAAAAAUUAUUUUGAUAUCAAACAACUGAGCUGUGUAUGCAAAAUUUGUGUGAGCAUUUGUGAGGAUAGUAAGAAAUGAGCUGCUUGUUUGGUUUACUUUAGAACACUAGAGGGCAGCAUUUGUGUAUUUUUAUAAUUGUCCUCUGAUGUAAAACAUGAUCCUAAAACUUAGCAAUUGCAUUGGAGUGAAACCGCAUACAACUUGUUGAUUAUUGUGUAAUAAUUAAUAUAACAUGGCAGGUAAUGUUGCAGCAUACUAGAACAUUAGUCUGUGCUUGCAUAUCUGGAUAUCAUACACCUAUAGCAGAUAGAUGCUUUAUAAUAACAUGCGCAGAUGCUCUCAGUGGUACUCAAGUGAACAACAUGUUUCUUCAGAUGGAUUAUACAUUAUCAAACAGACACAUGUCACAACAGAAAUGAGAUGUUAAAGUAAAGAUAUAAAAAUGA